AUGAGCCAUUCAAUUGAAGAUUAUGAAAUCAACCAUGGGUUUGGUUCAGCUCCAAUUGAACCCCAAUCUCCUACUGCUGGUAAAAGAACUAGAAAGAGAUGGUCAUUCCAUGAAUCAGCAAAACCAAAUCUUGUAGAAAGACCAUCAGUUGCUUCAAGUCAAGGUAGAAGAAGAUUAAGCGAUGUUGAUGGUGUUCAUAAACAUAUCAAUUCUGAUUACAUUUCACCAGCUCAAUUAUACUCAACAGAGUCAGGUAGAUUGUUCCACGCGGGGAAAAUAUGUAUUAUAUUAGCUGGAUUACCAGGUAGAGGUAAAACUCAUUUAUCAGUAUCUUUAACAAGAUAUUUAAGAUGGUUAGGGGUUAAAACUCAUGUUUUCCAUUUAGGUGAUUAUAGAAGGAAAAAUUUUGAUGCUGAUUUAGAUCAAAAAUUGUUCAUUGAAAACAAUAACGAAAGGUUGAAAUUGAUAGAUCAAUGUGUUAACGACAUUUUGAAUUUCUUAGAAAAUGAUCUUGGUCAAGUAGCUAUUUAUGAUGCAGUCAAUCCCUUCAUUAAGAACAGAGUAGAAUUGGAUGCUAAGUUUAAGAAGUUAAAUAUCCAAACAUUGUUCAUUGAAAGUUCUGUCACUGAUGAUAAAAUCAUUUUAAAGAACAUGGAAAGUGCAGCUAAAUCAAGUCCUGAUUACGUAAACUGGGAUUAUGAUAAAGCAUAUCAAGAUUAUAGUAAAAGAAUUGAAGGGUUAACUCCAUAUUAUCAACCAAUGGGCAUGGAAGAUGACCAUAAUAAGUUAUCAUAUAUCAAGAUGAUCAAUUUUGGUGAACGGAUUGAAUUACAUAAUUCGAGUUAUGGGUAUUUGAUUAAUAAGGUGGUUUUCUUCCUUAUGAAUUCAAGAAUUAAACUGGGAUCAGUGUUCUUUGCUAGAUGUUAUAAUAAUUCUGUAGAUUUUAGUGAUGAUCCUCCAUUGGAUGAAGAAGGUAAGAGAUAUGCAAGAAACCUUUCAAUGACAUUAAUGGAUUAUUUGAAAAGUCAAGGUAAAAAUUACUUUGAUAAUAGUCCUGAACAAUCCCUUCAUUCGAAUAAUUCAUCAUCUUUAAGUUUGAAAAAACAAUAUUCUGUUGAUGAAAAACAUCUCCCAGCUGGUGCUGAUGGAGUUGAUGAGAAUUCAUUUGUGGUCUGGACAUCAGUUAAACUGAGAACUGUUGAAACUACAAGAUUCUUCAAAGAUAAGAAUAUCAAGAUCAGAAGUCGUAUACAAUUAUCACAAAAGAAUCCUGGAAUUGUAGGAUCAAUGACAGAAGAAGAAAUCGCCGAAAAGUUCCCUACCGAGUAUGAACAAUUCUUGAAAGAUCCUUAUCAUCAUAGAUUCUCACGUGCUGAAUCAUAUCAUGAUCUAGCCAUUAAAAUAGAACCUUUGAUUUUGGAAAUGGAGAGAAUGAGUGGUGAUAUUCUUAUUAUAGCUGAUGAAACUGUUUUAAAGGUAUUUUACGGGUACUUGAUGGCAUCUUCAUGUUUUGAUAUUCCUUCAUUACACUUUGCACAAGAUGAGAUUAUUGAAAUGAAGUUCAAUGCUUAUUCUAAUAUGUCCAAGACGAUUGGGAUUAAGGAUUAUAGUUAA